CUUUCUCUCAUCACAGUUGGUUCGUCGCAUAAGAUUCGCAUAAGAUCCGCAUGCUUCCCUUUGUCUACCUCUACACAAUCUCAACUCGGCGCAAACUUGUUAGCCCCUCUCAGUGAUAACAUACGCCAUACGCGCCACUGUUCAACUAUAUUUCUCCUCCCGAAGACUCGGUUGGGUAAGUUAACUUUCUGCUUGGACGGGAAUCAGACUUAGAGGAAAAUAUGGCGUCUAUCAAUUCUUUACCGGACGAAAUCGUCCACCAUAUUUUACUUUACGUACCUCCGGAAGAGACUUUAUCGAAUAUCGCGCUCCUAUCAAAGCGUUUCAACCGAGUCGCGCAUGAACCUCUCCUGUGGAGAUGCUAUUGCGAGCAUAAUUUCAAAUACUGGGAAGCCAGUCAUCACUUCAAAGAGAGGUUGAAUGGCUACUUACACGAUACCGACUGGCGCCGACUAUUCCUGUUGAGACUUGGACGUAAUGCCUACAUCGCGCGCCUCCUUGAUGGGAUUGUCGCGUCUCGCGUCUCCCGAUUGCAGAAGAUGGAACAGAUCUGUCUAUACGGUUACGAUGCGAAAGAUUACCUUUUAAGUCAGUGCCAGGCUCCGGAUUCGGCUGAAGAUGUUUUGGCGCGAAGAUAUUAUUCGUGCUCCGUUCUUGACAGCAUACAUCGAAGCCUUGCGAUAGAAGAAUGGGCCAAGUAUCAAAAGUUUGCGGCACGUCGCAUUGACGAAGAUACUCCGUAUAGCGAAAGAUUAAACUGCGGCAUGCGCCUCGAGCGCGCCCUUGGCGCCUUUGAUAUGUUUAUGCUCCACGAUAAUGAGGGUGAUUUAGAAGAGAUUACCGAAUUGCUAGAUGAUAUUGCAGACCGGUUCCGAAGUGCUCACCCUUACUUCGAUGAGUUGACCACCCGUCAAAAGGCCAUCGCUUUGACUCGAUGGUUGCGCUCCAACAAUAUGACGGGCUUGAACGAUCCCACAGAGCAAACGUAUCGUUAUCUCCGUAACUGCCUAAUCGGCAGGGCUCUGCGAGAUGAGCAUCACCCAUCAUUGCCAAUCAUUUCUGCCGCCAUUUACUCCGCUUUAGCAUCACGACUCGGAUUAGAGGCAUAUCCCUGUGCUUUGCCUAGUCACGUUCAUGCUACAGUUUUGUCACGACCGGGCAUGACGCUAGAUGAUCAACCCCUCGAAGAAUCGCCGUCCCAACUUCAAGAGAAUAUGUUCCUAGAUCCUUAUACUGUAGAAGACGAAGUCCCUCUGGAUCGAAUAAUCGACUUCCUAUAUAGGCUCGGCAUCCAUAAGGACCAUGCUAAAUUGCUAAACCCUACGCCCACGGACCUUAUUGUGAUGCGUACGGCGCAAAACAUACGAGCGUCAUUCACCAGUUUUCGAACUCACGAGCGACCUUUCGCCCAGAUUGUCCCCAUGAUUGAACUUAAUCGUGGCGACUGGGCCCGUAACCUGCAGCCGGCCUUGUAUAGCAUGAUCUGGGCGAGCAUCAUGAUGGUCCCCGUGCUACCGGAGAGCGACGAGAUCCGUUGGGACUGGCAACAAGACGUGCGCGACCUGCUCUCGGCCUUCUACGAGCAUUUUCCCGAGGACGCGUGGCUCGUGGAGAAAUAUGUGUGCCCGAUGUAUGACACCUACGCAGCUCCGUUGCGUCGCCGGAACAACUGGGAGCUCCCUUCGAAGAGCGUCCGGGACCAGAUUAGGAGUAUGAAACGGGUGGAUGCAUCAGUGAUACCCGCCCGCCGGCGCAGUGAACUCGCCAAGGGUGUGGUGGUUAAGUAUCGCGUUGGCCAAGUGUUCAAGCAUAAGCGCUACGAGUACUACGGCCUGAUCCUGGGCUGGACCCUUGAGGCCUCUUCGCUCGACGACCACUUGUCCCCAACACAGAGGCCAUGGUCUUAUCACACUCAGCCGUAUUACCGGUGCAUGUCCGGUACCGAUGGGCUAGACCAACACCUCAUCGCAGAAGAGAACAUUGAAGUGGUCGACUUCCGCGGUGGCCCUGAGAUGCUGCCGCCAGAGAUCAAAGAUUUGAUUCCCAUGGCAGGCAAAUUCUUCAAGCGCUGGGAUGGCGAACAGGGUGUUUUCAUCAGCAACAUGAAGGAGCUGUACCCUGAGGACUAACGGAUGACUUACUAUUACCUACAUUUUCGAUUAGCUGCUGCUGACUUCGCAUGUUCCCAAUCCCGGCUAUUGCCUACUACCCACAACGCCGAGGCACGGCAUUUCCAGGCGCUCUUAUACAUAUACCCCCCUUUUUAUGAUUUAACUCUAAUAAUACUUAAGCCUUCAACGAUACGGCUUCGAAGAUACUCCCAUUCUACGUUUCAAUUACUGCUCUCACCUCAACAUUAAUAUGUAUCGAUACGAUGGAUGGAUAAAUGGUCUGUUUGGCUCGUCUUAAGCGUGCAGGCGUUUUACGGGAAUUCUAGUGUGGGUUGACAGUAAUAUUGUGUACGAUAGGCCAUUGAUCAUACGAACGAAUUAAUGAAAAUUUACCACUUGGUA